AUGUGUAGUUGCUGUUUCGUUGUAGAACGAGUCCUGCGGUUGAGGACUCUACAAUGCGGUCUUUUCAGGAGUUUUCUUAGGCCUCAGCUCUAUCCUCCUGUACACCGAGGUCCGCUUGAUUUGGCCAUGGUGCAGAUACAAGGCUCGCAGGAUCGGGGUACGUGUGGGUGCUGCGACUUUCAUCUCAAGAGGGCUAUGACCACUCAAGCCGAAGCUGACUUGCUGAAGGUUAUGAUGAUCUUACGGUGGGCCGUCUUGGUUCAAAGAGAGUCGAGAGCCUCCAUCAAUCAGCAACUGAAAGGCAAGGUACCCUCGUAG